CCUCCCCCACCUCUCCGGAGGGGCAGCGAUGUGUGAUCACGGAGUGGAAACAAAUAUGUCCUUACUUUCAAUGCCCCCUUUGAAAGAGACAAAGUAAACGCUCCUUGCAAAAUGUUCCUGACCUGCGAAGGGACCUUCGGGAUUGUUCCAGCCACCAUGGAUUACAAUGGGGAAGCCGGGCCGGGGCAUUUCCACGCCGGCUAUCAAGAAAUCGAAGGGAUAAACUUGGGAUACUUACAGAUCAAUGGCACUCAGAUGUUCGCUCUGGCCCAGGUCCUCAGCGACCUGUUCAAGGAUAUCCCCAGGACCACCAUCAGCAAGAAAAUGGAAACCUUAAAGAUCAAGAGCCGCCGCUGCGAUCUCCACGAGCUCCGCACCCUCAAAGCCAUCAACUCGGUGCCCACCCGCGCCGUGAAGUGCUCGCUCAUCUCCAAAGCGGACCUGGAGGCUCUCUGCACCUCCUGCAAGAGCCUCAGCCCCCGGCGGAGGAAGAGGAAAAGGAAAAGCAAGAGGAGGGAGCAGCUGCUCCUGCCGGACCCCGGGGAGCUUUUCUCCUGCCCCCGGCCCCAAUUGCUGCCGUCCUGCAGAGCCGGCGGCUGCUGCUCGUCCCCGACCCCCGCCCGCCCCAAGCUGCCCCCCGGCCUCAAGCCGCGCCCGCCGCCCGCAGCUCUCCUCCCGCAGCCCUUCCCUCGGGGCUGCCCCGGCCUCGACAGGGCCCCGCGGGGUCGCAGGGGCUGCGCUCUGCCCGAGAGCGGGGGGCUGCUGGCCGGGGCGCUGGGCGCGUAUCCCCGGGACCUGGCGCUGCUUCACCCCGCAGCCCCCGCCCCCCACCCCGGCCUCGGCCCCCGCUGCGCCAAAGGGCUCUUCCAGGCCGAGAAGGGCCCCUCGGGGGGGAGGAAAAGCCGCUCGUCCGCCUUUCCCGGUUGCAAGCGGCAGGGCACCUCGGCCGGGUAUUCCAGCGACUCGGACUCCAGCCUGGACUUCGGGGGGUCCAGCCCCGCCACCUCCAGCGACUCGUCUGAGGAAGAGGAGGAGGAGGAAGGGGACACGUCGUGCAGCAGCGAGGAGGGCAGCUCCUCGGAGUCGGAGAGCAGCUCGCUGUGCAGCGGGGACUCGGUGCAAAGCACCCGGUACAGGCAGGCGGCUCUGCCCCGCUUCCAGCCUCAGCCCCCCCGGGAGCCCCUCGGCGACGAGCGGCCGUCGGAGCCCCCCCCGGGUGCGGGCAAAGCGCUGCGUGCAGAGCCCGACCUCCUCUUCCUCUCUCAGCAGCUCUGGGCCAGGACUUUGCGAGCGUCAACUUCGGAAAGUUUGAGCCCGGCUCCGACCCUGGGCUCGGGGGCACAGCCGGAGCCGUACGCGAAGCAGGAGGCCUCCCCUUCUUCCUCCUCCUCUUCCUCCUCCUCCUCUCCCCCUCCCUCCCCGAGCGGCACCCCUGGGGGGGACCCGCCACAAAAGGAGGGCGGCUUUGGGGGCGCGGAGCCCUGCGCCAAAGGAAAGGAUUUGCACAAAGAUGCCUCGAACAAUAGAGCUUCGUUAGGCCCCGGCGACCGAGCGGAGAGGCAGAGCGGUGCCGCAGCCGGGCCGGCGGCUUCCCAAGGGCCGCCCCCGGAGCCCCCGGCCCCAUCUCCGGCGCUGGCAGGGGGUCUCGGCCCGGACCCCCCCGGGGAAGCGGCGGAGCCCCGGCGGGAGCACUUCGACCGCCUGAUCCGGCAGUCCAAGCUGUGGUGCUACGCCAAAGGCUUCAACGUGGACGGGAAAAGUUUGCGGCACGGAGGGAGGACGGAGCCCUGCAAAGCUGCAGAGCUCAAAUCCCCCGGCUCCAAAAGAGCAGAGAGCCCCGGCACCUUGUCAAACAAAGCUUUGAGAGGCAAUGGCUCGGAAAGGAAUGCCAAGCGCAGACGCCUUGCCAGAGGCGCUGAGGCAGAAAGGCAACAGAGCUCCUCCAAAGGGAGGCCACAAAAGACUCAAAGGAGGAAUGCCAAAAAGGGAAACACUCAUUGCAAACGCCUCGGCAGCGCCGGGCCAACCCCGCCUCGGAAUUCCUUCAGCCUCAUGGGCAGCUUCCCGUGUAUUCCCUCCUUGGUCGUGGGGGAAGACGGGGAUCUGUGCCCUGCCUCCUCCCUGGGGGGCAAAAACUCCUGGGCCCUCUCCAAAACCCACCCGCUGUGGAGAUGGCACGUGGGGGGCAACGCCAUCCCGGUGCCCCCCAGCCUCAAAUUCCGAGGCUAUAGCUUGGAGGAUCUCUAAGGACAGCGGACGGCCCCGCACGAAAGGUUGCGCGCAGCAGAUGCGGGAGGGGAGCGGGACCGGGGGGAG